UGAAAGCGGCAGUUUCCUGGCAGCCUGGGCAGGCGUUGGUCUCUGAGCUCCAGCUCCACGGCAGCGGCCGGGAUCGAUCCAGCGAGGGGUUUACGCGUGAUUCUGCGCGCCCCCCACGGAUUUUUCCCGUCUGGGCUCUUCCCCCUUGACCUGCCCGCCCCCCUGGCCUCAGCGGUUCCCGCCGCUGGGCGCGGUGCCCGGGGGCCAGCGGUCGCCUGUGACCCCGCCCGAAACCCCUCCGGAGCCGCCUGGGGACGAUUCCCUUCUCCUUUCUGCAGUCUAACCUGGGGUAGCCCUCCCGGAUCCCGGCCGACCCCAGGAGCGCAGCCGUGAGGCGUGUCUGCGGGGCGUCUUGGGGUUGGAGUGGCCCGGCCCCCCGCGGGCUGUGGUCCAGGGGGCGCGGGAGCGGCGAGGCCCCCCCUCGCCGGGCUGCGUGGGCCGCCCGGGGCCCCGCCGCCCGCGCGGGGGCUCCUCCAUGGUGCAGCGGGGUUCGGGAUGUCGAAGACACUGAAGAAGAAGAAGCACUGGCUCAGCAAGGUGCAGGAGUGCACGGUGUCCUGGGCCGGGCCCCCGGGCGACUUGGGCGUGGAGAUCCGCGGCGGCGCGGAGCGCGGCGAGUUCCCCUACCUGGGGCGGCUUCGCGAGGAGCCCGGCGGGGGCACCUGCUGCGUCGUCUCGGGCAAGGCGCCCGGCCCCGGCGAUGUGCUGCUGGAGGUGAACGGGACUCCUGUCAGCGGGCUCACCAACCGGGACACCCUGGCUGUCAUCCGCCACUUCCGCGAGCCCCUCCGCCUCAAGACCGUGAAGCCUGGCAAAGUCAUUAAUAAAGAUUUGCGACAUUACCUGAGCCUUCAGUUUCAGAAAGGAUCGAUCGACCACAAACUGCAGCAAGUGAUCAGAGACAACCUCUACUUGAGAACCAUCCCGUGCACCACAAGGGCCCCCAGGGAUGGGGAAGUGCCAGGGGUGGACUAUAAUUUCAUUUCUGUUGAGCAGUUCAAAGCCCUGGAAGAGAGUGGAGCAUUGUUAGAAAGUGGAACGUAUGAUGGAAACUUCUACGGCACUCCCAAGCCUCCAGCAGAGCCCAGCCCCUUCCAGCCCGACCCUGUGGAUCAGGUCCUCUUUGAUAAUGAGUUUGACACCGAAUCCCAAAGAAAACGAACUACAUCUGUCAGCAAGAUGGAAAGAAUGGACAGCUCUCUCCCCGAAGAGGAGGAAGAUGAGGACAAGGAAGCCGUCAAUGGCACCAGCACCGCAGAACACAGGGAGAGGCAUUCAGAGUCAUCCGACUGGACGAAGAUCGUCCCGAGUUACAACCAAACCAACAGCUCCAUGGACUUCAGGAACUACACGAUGAGAGACGAGACUCUGGAGCCGCUGCCCAAGAACUGGGAGAUGGCCUACACGGAUGCGGGGAUGAUCUACUUCAUUGACCACAACACCAAAACAACCACCUGGUUGGAUCCUCGUCUCUGUAAGAAAGCCAAAGCCCCCGAGGACUGCGAAGACGGAGAACUUCCUUAUGGCUGGGAGAAAAUAGAGGACCCUCAGUACGGGACAUACUAUGUUGAUCACCUUAACCAGAAAACCCAGUUUGAAAAUCCGGUGGAGGAAGCCAAAAGGAAAAAGCAGUCAGGACAGCCUGAUGUGGGCUCUUCAAAACCAGACAUGGGAAAGUCCCACUUCACCCGAGACCCGUCCCAGCUGAAAGGCGUCCUCGUUCGAGCGGCGCUGAAGAAAAGCGCCAUGGGCUUCGGGUUCACCAUCAUCGGCGGGGACAGGCCCGACGAGUUCCUGCAGGUGAAGAACGUGCUGAGAGACGGGCCUGCCGCUCAGGACGGCAAGAUCGCACCAGGUGACGUCAUUGUAGAUAUCAAUGGCAGCUGUGUCCUUGGUCACACCCACGCAGAUGUUGUCCAGAUGUUUCAGUUGGUGCCCGUCAAUCAGUACGUGAACCUCACCUUGUGUCGUGGUUACCCACUGCCGGAUGACAGCGAAGACCCCGUUGUGGACAUGGUGGCCGCUACCCCCGUCAUCAACGGGCAGUCGACAGCCAAGGGAGAGACUGGCGGGAACACUCAGGAUUUUAAGUCGGGAGCCAUGGUCCUGGACCAGAACGGAAAGUCAGGACACCCCCUGGCCAGUGACCGUCUCAACGGGCCAUCAGAUCCGAGCGAGCAGAGAGCGUCCACGGCGUCGUCCGGCAGCUCCCAGCCUGACCUGGUGACUGUGCCCCUGGUGAAGGGCCCUAAAGGCUUCGGGUUUGCCAUCGCCGACAGCCCCACUGGGCAGAAGGUGAAAAUGAUACUGGACAGCCAGUGGUGCCCGGGCCUACGGAAGGGGGAUGUGAUUAAGGAAAUCUACCAUCAGAACGUGCAGAGUUUGUCCCACCUGCAAGUGGUGGAGGUGCUGAAGCAGUUCCCGGUGGGGGCCGACGUGCCCUUGCUCAUCCUCAGAGGAGGUCCUCCUUCACCAACGAAAACUACCAAAACGAAAACAGAUAAAAAGGAGCAUUCGGGAAGUUUGGAGGCCAUAAACGAGCCCGUCCCCCAGCCCAUGCCUUUUCCGCCCAGCAUUAUCAGGUCAGGGUCCCCGAAACUGGAUCCUUCCGAGGUCUACUUGAAGUCCAAGACUUUAUAUGAAGAUAAACCGCCAAACACCAAAGAUCUGGACGUUUUUCUUCGGAAGCAGGAAUCGGGGUUUGGCUUCAGGGUGCUGGGCGGAGACGGACCUGACCAAUCUAUAUACAUCGGGGCCAUCAUCCCCCUGGGCGCAGCUGAGAAGGACGGCCGGCUGCGUGCAGCGGACGAGCUGAUGUGCAUCGACGGGGUCCCCGUCAAGGGGAAGUCACACAAGCAAGUGCUGGACCUGAUGACGACCGCCGCCCGCAACGGCCACGUGCUGCUCACCGUGCGGAGGAAGAUCUUCUGUGGCGAGAAACAGCCCGAGGAGGACAGCUCCCCAGCCCUCGUUCCAACACAGAACGGGUCUCCCCACCUGAGCCGACCGGAGGCGGUGGCCCGGCCUGCGUCCCAGGAGGCCUAUGACGUCGUCCUACAGCGGAAGGAAAAGGAAGGGUUCGGCUUCGUCAUCCUCACCUCCAAAAACAAACCGCCCCCGGGAGUCAUCCCCCACAAAAUCGGCCGAGUCAUAGAGGGAAGCCCCGCCGACCGCUGCGGGAAGCUCAAGGUCGGAGACCUCAUCUCCGCGGUGAAUGGGCAGUCCAUCGUCGACCUGUCCCACGAUGGCAUCGUGCAGCUGAUCAAGGAUGCCGGCGUCACCGUCACCCUGACGGUCAUUCCCGAAGACGAGCAUCAUGGCCCGCCAUCGGGAACGAACUCGGCCAGGCAGAGCCCGGCCCUGCAGCACAGGCCCGUGGGACAGUCGCAGGCCAACCACACGCCUGGGGACAGAAGUGCCCUGGAAAGCGAGCUGGGGAAAGAUGGCCCCGCUUCCCACCGACACUCGUGGUCCGACCACAGGCACCUCGCUCAGCUGGACACCGCGGUGAUCUCCGUGGUUGGCGGGCGGCACAGCCAGAGCCUGGGCUGCUACCCGGUGGAGCUGGAGAGGGGCCCCCGGGGCUUCGGGUUCAGCCUCCGCGGGGGCAAGGAGUACAACAUGGGGCUGUUCAUCCUGCGCCUGGCGGAGGACGGGCCCGCCCUCAAGGACGGCAGGAUUCACGUGGGCGACCAGAUUGUGGAAAUCAACGGAGAACCCACCCAAGGCAUCACACACACCCGCGCAAUCGAGCUCAUCCAGGCCGGUGGAAAUAAAGUUCUUCUUCUUUUGAGGCCAGGAACUGGCUUGAUACCUGAUCACGGUCGCCGGGAUAGCCCUCAGCCUUCAUCUUCAAACGUGAUUUAUGACGAACAGCCGCCGUUCCCCCCACCUUCUCAUUCUGCGUCCAAGUGCGAGGAGCCCUGCGCGCCAGGAGCUGAGGGAGCCUUCACCAGGGCACAGGUGUGUGAAAAGGCAGAAGAGUUCAAGGACAUGGGGCCCGAGAAGAGAAGCACUUUACAUCAGUCUGACAUGAAGCACCAGCCUCUUCUCCAGAAAAGUGGGAGUAGCAGGGAUGCCCCCAGCAGUCACGGGCACAGCGACAAGAAACACCUCUUAAAAGCAGAAAAUGGUGUUGCCCGCAGAGGCAGGUCUGCUAGUCCCAGAAAGCCAGCCAGUCGCUAUGCAGAGGAACCUCCCCAACAGACGCCCAGUCCUCUCAGAAACGACCCCACGAGAAGGCCCAGAGAGCGAUCGCCCAGCCCCAGGCAAGGGGAGACUCAGAGCUGCCCGGGCAGUGCCGGGGUGGCCUCGGGCCAGGGUCACACCCGGAGGGGACGCUCCGCCAGCCCAAAGAAGCAGCAGAGAACGGAAGGGCGACAAGACCGACCCAACGCUGCAGCCAAAGCCCUGGAGUUGGGGGGCCGACGGGCGGGGGGCCGUGCUCGCGAGGGCGCUGAGCAGGUCGUAGAUGGGAAAGAACGAUCGGGUGGCGGCAGGACAGACACGAAGCAGAGUCCGCGGCCUCCGGAGGAGAAAAGCAAGCGAAUGGAUGAAAAGCCCGCGGCUAGUAAUGUUACGAACAGAGUGGUACCUGAAAGUGAAAGGGGAAAGAGAGCCCCCUUAGGAGAGACACGUACGGAGAGGAUGGCCCCGAACAGACUCGAGGACGACAGAGGAGGAGAGGCAGCCGACAGGAACCGAGAGGGCGGCGGCGCCAGGCCGGAGCGCGGCUCCCCGGCCAGGAAGCCGCCCAUAACCCCGGGGCCCUGGAAGGUGCCCGGCGCCAGCAGAGCCUCGGGCGUGACUGGGGUGGCGGAGAAACGGCUGUGAGCCCCAGCCUGAAACCACGAAAAACAGGCUGUAAUCUCUCCUUCCGAAAAAGCGGCGUUUCCCCCCAGAAAUUCAGAAACACACGUGAGUACAUUUUGCUCUGAUCAUCAAGGCUGCACGAAGGGCCUCGCGUUUGCUGAGCAGCCCUGUCCCCACGGCCGCCCGCCAUCACACUCCUCGGACGCACCGGCUGGCCCUCCGGUGUCGGAAAUGAAGGACGUCGGUAUUAACAGUGUGGUCACAACGGACUGUCUGUGCCAAGGUCUCUGCUGUGUCCUGUCUGUUGUACCCUCCCCGCCCGGCUGUUUCCACAGUAACGAGAAAAUGACGUUCGGCUUGGAAGUCGAUAUUCUCAGUAGCAUGUUGCAUGUUUACAGAGAGAACCGAGUCCCCGCAGGAGGAGACGAACUCGUCCCCAAGGAGGGCGGGCCCCCUCCCGCAGCCCCAGACGAUGCCCCGUUUAAAGCCACACCCCAGACCUCUCCGCUCUGGAGAAAAACAGGGAGUCAAAUAUCGACAGUCGCGGUUUUGUGUUUUAACUCAGCUGGGCAAGGUAUAACUGUUAAAGAGCUUACUUAGCAACUGAGUGUUGGCAACGGAGGAAGUACAAUUCGUUAAGCAAUUACGCGUUCGCCCCUGUGGGGGGACCCAGCCCCUAAGUCCUCAGAGCAGCUCGUGUGGAAACAGUGCGUGUUGCUGUUUGAAGAAAAACUACCCAAUUUCUGGCUAUUUUGGUGGUACCUGCUAAGUCAUUAGUUAUUACUACGUCUUUUAAGAGCCAAAAUAUUAUACAGGUUGUGUGAGGGACUUACUUGUGUGACCAGUUUCACAGUCCACCGCCUGAGCAAGGACCGGCUCCUCUGGUCGCAGGGGACGCAGACCCCUGUGAGGCCAGGCACGGUGACAGACGGCACCUGCUGAAUCUUACAAAAGGGAGACCACUGGAAUGUGACUGGAGUUUAAGAGGCUGCAACUACACACAAAAUAUACUUUAAAGAAAACAUCAGCGAUAAAGGGUAAUUUUGGAAAAGAUACUGGGAGAAAGCAGCAGCCUUCCUCUGACUGAACCCUUGGUCCCGUCAGCAGUGGGGGUCUCCGAGUGCCUUUAUCAGAGUCACGUGGAAGGGGAGACAGUAUUUCACUCCACAGAACAGACGCAGAUUGCUAGUCCCCUGACGACCAUUCAGUAGCAUCUAGAAAUCCAGGAACUUCUCAGACUGGUUCAGGGAGCACUGGAACACACUCGUUCCGUCACCCGGGCCCUUCCUCUCGAGUCUGACCGUGAAACUCGCUCCUGGGAACCUGGAUCGGCCCCUGUAGAUACAGACGAGCCUCUCAGAGCGAGCCCCCCGCUGCCCCGUCCUGUGCUUUCCCACCUGUAACUACUUGAAUACAGCAAAAUUAGAAGGCUUGAUAAACGCUAUGAGUUUAGUACCACAGAAGUGAUUUAUUUUCCCUAUAGACCGCAAUUAGUGAUGAAAAUCCUAUUUUUAUUGUUAACUGUGACACAACUUUACUGUCAUAUGUUGUCAGUCUGAUGUGGCUCUUUCCAAGUAACCUGUCACUGUCUCGAUUAAAUCCUGACUUAGCAACGCGGCCUUGGAACGCUGAGCAGACACGGAUGUCCUGGUUGUAAAUGUUUGUACAUUGUACAGCACCUUUAUACACACACUCGAGUUCUGAUUAGAGAGAGAGAUCUGUAAAUUGCUCGUUAUUUUUUAUAUAGAUAUUAAAAAAAACAAAAACCAGUUCAUGGCCUGCAUUUCUUUUACAGUUAGGCUCGCUCUGUCUGGAGCUGGUCCUCCUGAUGACAGGGGUCCCUCCCAGUGACAGCCCUGCAGU